GAGAGAACAAUCACUUGGAAUGUCUGUGAAAGGAAGGGUUUUGCUUGGAGUUUGAAUUGUCAGUAGAGUGCAGCAAGAGUGGAUGAGCCGAGAAAAUAAAUUUUUUUCUUAAGUGAAUUGCAGAUUGGGAGAGAGUCAACAUGACAACCGACAAGGGAACUGCUACGAGUAACAACCCUUUAGAACAGUUUGUUUUGUUGGCCAAAUCUGCAAAAGGAGCUGCAGCAGUGGAACUUAUCAAACAAGUUUUAGAAGCUCCUGGUGUCCAUGUGUUUGGCGAACUGUUAGAUAUGCCGAAUGUAAUUGAAUUAGAAAGUGGCCCUCAUGCACCCUAUUACCGAGCAUUGCAUUUAUUUGCAUAUGGAACUUACAAACAAUAUCUAGAAAAUAAAGCUCAGCUCCUGGAAUUGACACCUUUGCAGAAAAAGAAAUUACAACAUCUAACAAUAGUUACACUUGCCACAAAGUCAAAGUGUAUUCCCUAUUCAGUAUUACUACAAGAACUGGAUAUGAAGAACGUGAGAGAUUUGGAAGAUCUCAUCAUUGAAGCCAUUUAUGCUGAUAUUAUUCAUGGAAAACUUGAUCUGAAAAAUAGCCAACUAGAAGUAGACUAUGCAAUUGGAAGAGACAUCCAGCCUGCUGAUCUCGGAUCAAUCGUCUCAACUCUACAAGAAUGGUGCGACUCUUGUGAAACUGUGCUAUCAUGUGUAGAGAUGCAAAUCAAUCGUGCAAAUUCAGAGAAGAAUCGUCGGCUGAAACAUAAGGAAGCUGUUGAGCAAGAGAUUGUCAAUAUCAAAAAAACAUUGAAGACUCAAACUCAAGACACUGAUGAGGCGAUGGCAACAGAUACCCGUGAAACGGCAUCGCAGACAGGAGACAAAGGGAAAAAACCUUUCAAAGGCAAAGGAAUUCGCAGCAGUUCUGGGAAAUUUUGGCAAAAAUCCUGAAGUGUGAAAGUUUAUUAUGUGACUAGACAUCAGAGUUCUACCAAAUAGGGAUUGUUGCCUUCAUUGUGCCUCAUCGAGGGAUUGUGAGACUGAAGUGAUAAAAGAAACUGGACUUUGAACUGCAAGCCAUGUAAAUGUCUGUCGUGUUGAUUAAUAAGUUCUUAAUUAUCAUUUACAUGAUUAAAAUUUUUUAUUUUUUGAUUGCAGCUGUUUAGUGAAAUGACUGUUUCUUAGAAGCUGUUGCCUUCUAAGAUAUUUGUGAAAAGCAUUGUUCAUCUAUAAGCACUGUGCUCACAAGGUGUGAAUAUAAUUCCUCACACAUUUGAAUGAUCCAUUUUGUUCCUUAAUUUGAAUAAGACGUGUAUAUAUAACAGUUCUUAAUGAAAUUAAUUGCUUAUUUAUAGUU